AUGGCGACAUCGAAAAGGAAGACAAGAGCUGGUAAGAAGCUAGACGAAAAGGAAGGGAAGUCGGUUUCUCCGCCACGUGCACUCAGUCUUUCUAAAGCUGUAAAAAAACGCGGGCCCAAAACGAGAGCCGCUAGGACGGAAAUCGCUACUUCACAGGACGACGAAGCCGUGGCAGACCCCAGAAAUGACGAGCGUUCUGCAUCACUGGACAUGCCGGGAGACGGAGGUGAAGACGCUGAUGGUGCGGAGCUGAGCAGACCGAUUUCGAAAGGGAAAGGCGCUACGAACCAGACCCAAGGAAAGCGCGGUUCCAAGAGAAAGCAGGGCACACCGAACGAUGUGACUGCUAGGGCGGGCGCAGAUGUUCCAUCAACAAUUCGAGAGGAGGUGCAUGGUGGUGGUGAAGGUGUAUUCGGUGGGCCCAUUCCUCCCAGGAAUUCUUCCAGCUCACCAACGGGAAGCAUUCCCAAAGGUGACUCCAACGGUGAACCUGAGGAUCGAGGAAAGCAGAGGACCAAGAAAAGACAUCGAAGGCCUCGAGAGUCAACAGGAGAUUCCUUGCAGGAGGAUGGACCUCCCCCGAAGAAACGAAAUGUCGGUACUACAAACGAGCCUGCACUGUCUGGUGCCGGGGAGCAUUCGAACUCUCAUAGAGAACUGGUAGAUGACGAUCGCUCUCCUGCUCACCAGGAUGAUACCGUGAAUACAGGCGUAGCAACCGACAUGAGCCAGCCGCAAGUAGAUCUUCGUGACCACAAUGAUGUCAGGGCGCAGGCUACAGCUGAUGGAUAUGAUUACGAUGCAGCCGAGAUGGCUCGCGACCGGCAACGUCUCCUUGACCAUAUUGCAAAGGGCAAACCAGCCUCGCAACCCGUUGAGGACUAUCUCCACAAAUAUGAGCCUGCGGGUGAAAGGCUUAUCUACUUCGUCCUGCUCAACUGGAUCGGGAAACAUGGAUUCGGGGCAGACUGGAGCCAGGCCACGCCCAUCGAUUAUUACGUCGAAGAUCUCAUGCUUCCCUUCUCUGAGAAGUGGGGUCCUCUUCCUCGGGCAUUUGACGGCAACGACCCGGAAACUCGAGAAUUGAUGGAAUACUGGCGCACAUGCAGAACUGCCCCAGCUUGCCGAGGUUUCGUCCGCAGGGCGUUGACCAACGAGAAACUCGCACAGGAGUACACUUUAGCCCACCGCAUCCACACAUGCCUGGAAGUGAUACGUCGCCAUCCAAGCACUGACCAAACCCUGUGGGAAGCUUCGCCUGAACCUGAGAGAUAUCUCUCUGGCCUCUUUCCCCUUGGUGAGGAAUGGCCUUUGACCUACGAGGGGCUGCGUCAUGCCUGGUCGACAUCGCGGGCUCAAUUGGACGAGCGAGGUGAAGUCUCGCCGGUCCUUCACGUAGAGUUCGCAGACCUCUAUCGCUGGGCACAAGGCAUGUUCAAGCAGAAGGGGCUAUACCUUGCUCCUGAUGAUCCCAUGCCAGAUGACACAGUUGAGAAUUGCGUUCGCCAACACAUGAGAGACUGGCUCAGACAUGGCGCAUUGUUCCUUCUGAAACCACUCUGGGACGAUUCAAUUCGCGAUAGUCAAUCCGAAGAGCAGCGUCAGUUCUUACAGCAGGAGUAUGAACAUAUGGAAGCCAGUGGUGAGCUGUCGUUCACUGUAGAGUGGCUCACGUGGAAGCGCGAAUGGGAGCAUAUUGAGAACCGGCUUGCAGGUUAUGAUCUCCCUCACCGACUUCGGCACCGUUUCCGUGAUUUCAAAAGCAUGGCAGAUGAGAGUUUGGAGGAAUAUGGUGAGCUGCUACAUCCGCCGGACCCAGAGUCCAGAGACUGGCCAGGAGCAUACCUGGACGAGUUGGGGUUCAGCGUUCGGUCGCAGUCCUCCCAAAAUCAUCACCAAGCCUGGAACAAAGCUAUAGCGGCAGCACAUGGACCUUUGCAGGUGGAAUUGCAGCUUCGAUAUGAGGAUAUGUUGGCUGAGGUCCGACGUGGUGUUGCCAUGUGGCGGCCUGACGAGCAGCAGCCACCUUCGCCAGAUGAAUUUCGGCACAGAACAACACGCUCACUCGGAUUUGGCGAAGACCGCAGCCAAUUGCAAAGAGGCGACCACUGGAACUUUCACUCCGUUCUGGGUGAAGGCGGCCAUGCCCAAGCUGCUCUGUGGGUCAAGCUUGACUCCACCAUGAAGACAACGGAGCGGAUGGUCCUGAAGGAUGUGUUCAUGAAUCACGAGAAUUGGGAUUCAGACGAUCACUGGUUUGGUGCCCUGCACGACAGACGGCCUAUUGAAGAGCGCGUUCCGAUGAUACUCCAAGGGUACGAAGACAGCGACAACAUUGUACGUUGUUACGGGGCGGCAAUUUACGACAGCGUCUGCAUGAAUCGCAUCUACAGCGAGUUUUGUCCGCACGGAGACCUCGCAGGCAUCAUCAGAGCUCAUCGUCGUGCACGUCACAUGGGUCUUGUUGAUGAAAAUGGUAAUCGACUUGAUCAUCGCAUCCCGGAACGAGCGCUCUGGGCGAUUUUUGAAGCCUUGGUAUCGGCCGUGUGUCUGCUGCAACAGGGUCACCUUCCGGUAACGGGUCGGCAACGACCUCACGAUCAGAUCCCCUUCAUACACUGCGACAUAAAGCCACAUAACGUGUUCCUUGCACUGGCAGAUGAUACAGACGGUCUAUGGCCUGGCAUCCCAACUCCAAAGUUGGGAGAUUUCGGUAUAGUCGAACAAACCGAGUUGGACAACCCACUUAAAUACACUGGGACCGGCACACCUGGGUACAGAGCACCGGAGACGUAUAGCAGGGACCCUGACCGACAGGCCUACAUCGAAUUCGCCAGUGACGUAUGGGCCAUCGGGCUCGUCAUGUAUUGCCUAGUCAACCUCAUCGAAAGGCCCCUUCAACGUGACGCUCUCGAAUACUCUCUCGAAGAUAACCCGACUCGUUUCCCACCAGCUUUCGACCAAGACGUGACGUACACUGAUGAUUUACUCCGCACGAUAAGCCGUUGUCUAACACAGAGGCCGGAAGAUAGGAUCUGGAUCGACGACCUUUGGCAUGACAUUCAUUACCAGGUCGCCACCAUGGAGGGGAAUACGGGCUCCGUGCCUAAGCUCAGACAGCCCGAGGAUGGCGAGGCCAACUUCAUGUUUGCACGCGACGUCUACUUGCAGUGGACUUCCCAACCCAGCAACGAUCGCAUUUUCAGUAUGCCGCCGAGGAAAAAGACAACUGCGGGACCGCCCCCCAAAAGAGAUCCCAACAGAAUCACACGCGCCAACCCUGGCGGAGCUCCAGCCGCUCCUGCUCCAGCGGUUGCUCCUCCAGUGGCUCCUGCUCCAGCGGCUGCUGCUGCAGCGCCUCCCAAAAGAGGUCGUGGCGGAAAGGGAAAAGAGAAUGCCACAGCUAUCGAAAAUGAAGAUGAUGUUGAUGAGGAAGACCGCGAAGACGGCGAAGACGAGACUGUUCAGACCAAAAAAGCGGGGCCCAAGAAGACGGGAAGGAAGAGGAAAGCCGCGGGCAGUCAGAACGAAGAGCGCAACCCAUCGCCCCGGAAAAAGCGACCUGUGAAGACGGGCGCUCCAAUUCCAGUCGACGACGCCGAGGACGACGAUGAAGACGACGACAACGAUGGCCAGGGACAGGGCCCAGUGCGUCCCGAAGGCAGCAAAAAGGACGGCACGCGCAAAGCAACCGACGGUCCCGAAACCAGGGCAAGCAAGAAGACGAAGGUCGAUACAGCAGGAAACGAGGAUCAAGAUUCUGCUGUACCCGGCGCGAAGCAGCCGUUGGUCCCUAUUUCCGAAGGAGACGACGAGGAACAUGACGAUGGACGACUGAACCCUGCUCCGCCUGUCGACAAAGAUGCCGUGAAGGAGACCGGCGUUCCUGAUCGGCCUCGUGCUGAUGGGCCAAAUCAUUUGCCAAUAGCGAACGGUGAGGCCCCCCAGGACGUCCGAACAAGGGAACCUGCUGUAGGAAGGCCCGGGGGAAGCAUUCCAUUCGGCAUGGAAUCAAGCCCAUUGCCAGAUUAUGAAUCUUCUGCCCAUGCAGACGCUGCGGAAGACGCUCCGCAAGGCUCUAAAUUUGGAGGCGGACGUCAAAAUCCCAAUCUUUUCGAUGGGACGGGCGACCGCGCGGUGGAAUACCAACCAAAACGGCAGAAUUCUGGCGAAGGUUCGAGACCUGCGCAGGCAGGGGCUGAUGAGUCCUUGCCUCCUCAGGAGCAGCAUGAAGCCCCAGCGGAGUCAAUGGGUCCACGUGAAGACGUCGCCGAUGCUCCAGAGGAAGGGGCUGGGCUUCCUGCAUUGAGUGAAGAUGAUCCGACCGAGCCGGACGACCAGAAUGUCCAGCAAGCACCUGACGCAAGCGAAGCGGAUGACAACAGUGAUGAGGCGAGAUUCAUGGAGGAGGUGAUGGCACAGAAUUUGCCCGAAGAUCAUGCACUGUUCGGCUACGUCGAAGCAUUUGAAGAAAAUUACAAAGGCCACCUCUACGGCAUCCUUCUCAGACUGAUUGAAAGACAUGGCUACGACGUUAACUGGGCUAGCAAUAUAAGGCCGAUAUAUGAGUACAUCAACGAUGACAGCCUGAUCGACGAGCCAUGGAUUGAUCGCAGUGCUCCUCCUGCCAUACUCGAUGACGAUGUAACAGUCUCGGCAGAUCCGAAUGCUCAGGCUCUCAAAAACCUUUGGGCGCUUGCGGAUACAGCACAUAGCUGUCGAAAUUACAUCGCAAGAGCGUUGGACGCCUCGCAGUUCUCUCAGAAAUACGGGGUGGAUGUUCGCUUGGACGUCUGUGUGGGAUUGGUCUUUGAACACGGAAACGACAACGAAAAACUUUGGUCUGCUGCUCCACCGCUGGAGAGGUACUUGGUAAACAAGGGGUCCAACCUUACGGAGCAGUGGCCCCUGGAUCUGCCAACGUUGAAUCAGAGGUGGCAGGUCCUUCGAGCCGAACUGAUGUCGGCCUCGCCUUCUGAGGACACUCUCCGACUGUUCGAUCAUCUUCGCCGGUAUGCCAAGAAACAAUUCAGGAAAGAGUCUAUAUUUCUGGCGCCCAUGCAUUGGGAUCAGACCACAUCGGCAGAGCAGUUUGUCCGCAGUCACCUCAGGUUGCGGAUCAACAUCGACGCAGUGCAGCUUCUCACGCCAAUGUGGGAAAAGUACAUUGAGGAUGCUCCCUCUGAGCACAAAAUUGAACGACAGAAUGAAUUUCGUGCUGUGCGGGGCCUUAUGACUCUGAAUACUACAACAGUACCGCACGGCGUCCGGGAGGCAGUGUUCCGACGACAAUGGCAAGAUCGUGUGAAUCGGAUAAAAGAAGAGGAGGUGUCUGCCUUCCACUGGAGGCGAUUCCAAGACUGCCAAAGAAUGGCGGUUGACAACUUACGGUAUGGAGAGCUUCUGCGGCCGCUGCGGUGGCUUCCGGACGUCCCAGCUGCAAUGUUUGUCGAGGAACUCAGUCGCGACAUUAGACGCCAGCAGAUGGACGCCAUUGAAGCUGCUUGGGACCUUGCGUUGGAACAAAUGUCGGAUGCCGCCCAGGUACAAGGACUUAAUAGACGUUAUAAGGCCUAUCGCGACGCACGCCUUCUGGGUAGGCCCCUGUUCCGACCAGAUGAAGUCCAGCCAACGGCUGAUCCACAAGUACAAGAGCUUCAGGACAACUUCGCCGGUGACCGCAGUGAUAUUCCUGACCAAUGGAGCAAAAGUGAGGUACUCGGAGAAGGUGGAUUCGGAACGGCGGUACUAUGGGUCAAAUACAACGCUCGCCAUCGGAUCAUCGACCGCAUCGUUCUGAAAGAUGCCAAACUGAAAGCCGUACGUGAGUCAGGGGAACAUGAAUUCGACGUUCAAAAUCAUUGGCAUGGGCCCAUUUCUGAGAGAGUUCCACUUGAGGCAGCCGUGCCCCGGACACUGAAGCAGGCAGUGGACUCUUUCCAUAUUGUGGAAUGCCGAGGCUGGGCCAUCUUCGACAGAUAUCGGACGUAUCGUGUGUAUGGGGAGUUCUGUCCACACGGCGAUCUUGGCGAUGUGGUACAGGCACACCACAGAGCUGGAAGUCAUCCCCACUUCGAUCAGAAUGAACACGAGAUUGACCAUUACAUACCCGAGAGGGCACUCUGGGCCAUUUUCGAGGCCUUGACGUCGGCAGUCUGCAUCAUGCAGCGUGGUUGUGUCGCAGGAGGCACACCUAGCGAUGAGCCACAUAUUCACCCUGUGAUUCAAUGCGACAUCAAACCCGUGAAUGUCUUCCUGGCAGAACCACAAAAGGAUUUUUGGCCUGGUAUACCCGUGUUUAAGUUGGGCGACUUCGGUCUAGUCAGGGAGUCCACGGUUGCUGACAAGCCUGUGGACGAGGCAUGGGGAACGAGGGGCUUCCGUGCUCCUGAACAAUACCGGCAAGAUCCAGGCCCCUUUGCGGUACAUCGAAGCGACGUUUGGGGCAUUGGAAAGACAAUGCUCAGCCUGGUCAACCUCGAAAGAAAACCCGACGACGCGCGAUUCGAUGGGGAUCCGCCGCGGCCCACGGACGCUGCUUGGAACAAGUACUCCGAAGAACUACUUGAAGAGAUAAUGUCGUGUCUACACCUCUACCCAUUGAGACGAAAGGACAUCGGCACACUUUGGUCCAGGAUACGGACGCAUGUCUGGGCUACGACGGGCGUGAGAGAUUAUCCGUUGAAGAUAGUGAAGCCCGGACCAGAGGACGAGGCUCAGCUGGGCUAUCAAGAUGAUAAAUAUCGACCAUGGGUGGAUAACAUGUAG